UUUGAUAAUAGAAGAAACAACAAAUCAGACAGAAUGCUUUUUCUUGCUAUCUUCGCUGUAAUUGCAGCCUCUGCUAUAGCUGACCCUGAGACUCAGAGCUAUUCCUACUCCCCUCCUGCGGGGUCAGGGAGUGGCUCUCCGUUCAGUAUAAUUGGGGAGGGAAGAAUCACAGCUGUACGAGUGUGGGAGUCGUCCAACAUACGAGGCAUCCAGUUCCGCUACGGCUUCACCUGGUCUUCCGUUGUGGGUCACAGGUCCGGCCAGCUACAGGAGAUGGAGUUGUCUGACAAUGAAGCCAUCAUUCAGAUUUCUGGGAAGGCCAGUCACUACGUGCAGUCAGUGGUGAUCGUAACUAGCAAGGGCCGCCAUCUUGAAGCAGGCCAGCCCUCAGGCACUUCCUUCAACAUGUAUCCCAGCCACAAGGGUGCCGAGCUGAUCUUCAUCAGUGGCACUAACCAUGGAGCAAUGACCUCCAUCGCAGCACACUGGGGUCGAGUUGAUACAUCUGCUACUGACACUGAGCACUGAGAAGUAGAGCUUGCCUGAGGCGAUUCUAUUUAACCAACAACUUGUUCAAACCUAUGUGGGAAAAUUAUGGUUUAUUUCCGAAUGUAAUUCAUCUGUUCUGCGGUGCAACAUUUUAACAUUUCAAAUCUGCACAUUUGCACUUUUGCUUGUGACUGUAUGGGUUGAGGCUUGAUGAAAUGUAACUUUGAUUUAAAUGCUAUGCCGAUUUAUUUUCGGCAUAGCAUUUGUUCACAUCAUGCUCUUGUCAUUGUUGGAAAAAUGUAUUAGUUAAUAAUAAAAAAAGAUCUCUCUACUUGAAAGCU